ACAACUUUGGGAGACCUUCAACCAUUCGUGGACUGAUUUUGGCUGAUGAUGAUGAUUCCAUGUGCUCGAGGCAAAGCGUUUAAUACGUUUAAAAUCAAACAGGUGCCACUCAAGGAGAGCGACCUCCCCCAGGUGUCAGGCUCAGACAGUGGGCCUCUUCACUACCUGGGAAAUAUUCACCACCUGAACCCGGGAGCCGUGCCCAAACAACCAGACUAUUUCACAGCACCCUUCCGGCGUUCGCAGCAGGACAUCUAUCCUAUAAAGGAUCAUGACGUCCUCAUCCCACCGGCCGUACGCAGCCAAAUCGUCCACUACAUGCUGCAAAGCCCCAUGCCACAAGACAGCACGAACAUAUUAAAUAUCAACCAAAUGAUUGAAAAUGGCUGCUAUACAGCAGCCUAUCCACUACAUGACAGUGAGUCUGUUCAUCCCACCAAAAACCCGAACACGCUGGGCGACCGCAACACGCUGCGACGGGAGUGGGCGAGAGCCGGGCGCUCUUUCAAGGAGCAGCCUCUUGACCUUGUGCGGUCAUACUUCGGGGAGCAAGUGGGGCUCUAUUUUGCAUGGCUCGGCUUCUACACAAAGAUGCUGAUCUUCGCUGCAAUCGUCGGCCUGAUCUCCUUUUUCUUUGGAGUAUUCAGCAAGGACCGUGACAUCACUAGUGGAGAAAUAUGCAACAACACCAUCGGAGGAUCCCUGGUCAUGUGUCCCCAGUGUGACCAAAGAUGCACCUUUUGGAGGCUAAAUGAUACCUGCGAGACUGCGAAGACUUCACACAUGUAUGAAAAUCCGGUCACCAUAUUCUUCGCAGUUUUCAUGGGACUUUGGGCCACGGUGUUCCUGGAAUUUUGGAAGCGUCGCCAGGCAUCGCUCGCGUACCGCUGGGACCUGACGGCAGCGGCGCAGGAGGGAGACCCCAUCCGGCCCGAGUACCUGGCUCGCUGCACGACCACGAAAUGUAACAUCAUCACCAUGGAGGAGGAGCCUCAUAUGCCUAAGAGGACACUGAGGUUCCGUUACUGCCUCUCCGGGAUCAUGGUGUUGUUCUGGAUCCUCCUGAUUCUUGCUGCAAUUUUGGGUGUGGUUGUUUACCGCCUGUCCAUCUUUGGCAUACUCUCCUCGAGUAUCCCCAAUCAUGUGACCAAGAUCAAGGUGAUCGGUGCCCUACUCACACCUGAUAUGGUUACCACCAUCACGGCCUCCAUCCUCAACAUCGUAAUCAUAUUACUACUCAACAAAGGUUACGACAAGCUGGCCCUCGUCCUCACUGAUCUGGAGAUGCCCAAGACGCAAGGAGAAUAUGAGUAUCGGCUGACGUUCAAGAAAUUCUUAUUUCAGUUCGUCAACUUCUACUCGGCGUCUUUCUACAUUGCAUUUUUCAAAGGGAAAUUCAUCGGCUUCCCCGGAAGCUACACUUACUUUGGAAAAUGGAGAAUCGAGGAGUGUCCCCCAAACGGCUGUCUCUUUGAACUGACUUCUCAACUCACUGUCAUCAUGGUAGUGAAGCAGAUGGUUGGCAAUUUUCAGGAGGUCAUCAUCCCAUGGUUCAGCAAUUGGUGGGCCCAGCGUCGGGCCAAGCUAAGGCCUGAGGCUGUCUACACGCGCUGGGAGCAAGACAUGGACCUACAGCCCCAGAGCCCACUUGGACUCUUUGAUGAAUACCUCGAGAUGGUUAUCCAAUUCGGGUUUGUCACUCUCUUCGUGGCAUCAUUUCCACUUGCGCCAUUGCUCGCACUGCUCAACAACAUCAUCGAAGUGCGGGUCGACGCGUGGAAGCUUGUAACAAAGAUGAGGAGGCCUGUGGUUUCGCGAGCAAGAGGAAUUGGAGCCUGGGCCGACAUUCUGAGUAUCGUUGCCACCCUCUCCGUAAUCACCAAUUCAUGCAUCUUGGCGUUCACAACGGACAUCAUCCCACGCCUGGUGUAUUAUUAUGGAUACUCAGCAGAAUAUGGCACAGGUUCGCCUACAAUGCAUGGGUACACGGAGGACAGCCUUUCAAUUUUCAAGAUCAGCGACUUCAAGGAGCAAAAUCAUCCCAACAUCCUGCCAGCCUGGUUUGAUCCGGCAAUCCACACAACCUGCAGGUAUCCAGGUUAUCGCUACCCGCCGGAUCAUCCCCAAGCCUACUCCGUCACCAAGCAGUACUGGCAAGUACUGACGGCAAAGCUGGCCUUCGUCAUUGCCAUGCAGCACGUGGUAUUACUCACGAAGGCCUGCAUUGCAUACAUCAUCCCGGACACGCCAUCCCAUGUGCGCGCCUGCAUGCGCCGCGAGCGCUUCGUCGUACAGACGAUUCUGCAGCAGGCAGAGCUGGGCCGUCUCCGUAACACCCUCCUCACCGAUGCCCCCAGCUCACCGCCAUCGCCUCAAUUCCACGUUGAGGAUGAGCAGGCAGAGAUGGGCCUGCUUCGCUGCUCGCUACACACGGAGUCUCCUGGCGUAUCGCACCCACCCCAGCGGUGCCACAUGGAGAAUGAGCAGGCAGAGAAGACUGGUGACGACUCACUGCUGAAGGGAUCCGAGGAGGAAUCAAGCAGCGAGGAUUCGUCAACUGUCUUCUACAGCGUAUAAAUCUACUCGGACUGUUAAAGGAGGCUGCUAUCCUAACUCUGUUUGCAUGUGGACAAGGACAUUGCAGUCAAGGACUAUCUGUAUAUAUAUUAAUAAAUGCGUUUCUGAUUUUAUAUGUCUCAAUCAUCU